AUGACCUCAUUUGGUGUCGCACCGGCAUCUGGGCUGAGAGAUGCUGGUGGUAGUAGUGAAGUGGAUAAAUUGCCAGAUGAAAUUAGUAAUAUGAGAAUAAGUGACGAAAAGGAAGUAGAGGCAACAAUCAUCAAUGGGAAUGGAACAGAAGCUGGUCAUAUUAUAGUCACAACUAUCGGAGGCAGAGAUGGCCAAAGGAAGCAGACAAUAAGUUACAUGGCUGAACGUGUCAUUGGUCAAGGAUCAUUUGGUGUUGUGUUCCAGGCAAAAUGUUUGGAGACAAGUGAGACAGUAGCUAUCAAGAAGGUCCUUCAGGAUAAGAGAUACAAGAACCGUGAGUUGCAAAUGAUGCGUCUACUUGACCAUCCAAAUGUCGUAUCUCUGAAACACUGCUUCUUCUCAACCACUGAAAAGGAUGAACUCUUUCUGAAUCUUGUGCUUGAGUAUGUUCCUGAGACAGUCCACCGUGUCAUCAGACACUACAACAAGAUGAACCAACGCAUGCCACUGAUAUAUGUGAAGCUAUAUACUUAUCAGAUUUGUAGGGCACUGGCUUAUAUACAUCGCACCGUUGGUGUUUGCCACAGGGACAUAAAACCACAGAAUCUUCUGGUUAACCCACACACUCAUCAGCUGAAAAUCUGUGAUUUUGGAAGUGCAAAAGUUCUGGUGAAAGGCGAACCCAAUAUAUCAUACAUCUGCUCUAGGUACUAUAGGGCACCAGAGCUUAUUUUUGGUGCUACUGAGUACACAACAGCAAUCGACAUCUGGUCUGCUGGAUGUGUUCUUGCUGAACUUCUGACAGGACAGCCUCUGUUUCCCGGUGAAAGUGGAGUUGAUCAACUUGUUGAAAUUAUCAAGAUUCUGGGCACACCUACAAGGGAAGAAAUAAAAUGUAUGAACCCGAACUACACAGAGUUCAAGUUUCCCCAAAUCAAGGCCCAUCCAUGGCAUAAGGUGUUCCACAAGCGAAUGCCACCUGAAGCAGUGGACCUGGUUUCCAGGCUUCUUCAGUACUCACCGCACCUUCGGUCCUCAGCUGUGAGCACAUUCCUGGACGCUCUGAUCCAUCCGUUCUUCGACGAGCUCCGGGACCCAAACACCCGCCUCCCCAACGGCCGGUUCCUACCUCCCCUCUUCAACUUCAAGCCUCACGAGCUGAAGGGGCUUCCGAUGGAGAUCGCGGCGAAGCUGGUCCCGGAGCACGCGAGGAGCCAAUGCCCCUUCCUAGGGCUGUAG